CUCUCUGUUCUGUAUUUGUGUUCUUCAAGUAAGUAUCAAAGUUGUGAGAGCUUGCUUGAAGAAGCCCUCUCUGUUUCUCUCUUUAAAACAUAUAUAAUUGUAAAAACCAGAGGUUCGAGGAAGAAGAAGUUGAGAGCUAUGGCGGUGGGAAUGGGAGCUGCGAGUGAAGGAGGGCAAUACAGUGGGAAGAUGACUCCAUUUGUGGUGCUUUCUUGCAUGAUGGCUGCCAUGGGAGGUGUUCUUUUUGGCUAUGACAUUGGAAUUUCAGGUGGAGUGACAUCAAUGGAAGCAUUCUUGGUGAAAUUCUUCCCAGAAGUGGAUAGGAAGAUGAAGGAAGACAAAGAUAUAAGCAACUAUUGCAAAUUUGACAGCCAACUUCUAACAUCCUUCACAUCUUCCUUAUACUUAGCCGGCCUUGUGGCUUCCUUCUUUGCCUCUUCUGUCACCAAAUCUUUUGGCCGUAAGCCUUCCAUUAUCUUCUCCGGCCUCGUUUUCAUUGCCGGCUCCGCCCUCGGUGGCGCCGCUACGAACAUUUAUAUGCUCAUAUUUGGUCGUGUACUACUCGGAGUCGGAGUCGGUUUUGCAAAUCAGGCUGUGCCAUUAUACCUCUCUGAAAUGGCACCAUCAAAUUACAGAGGAGCAAUCAACAAUGGCUUCCAACUCAGCGUCGGAAUCGGCGCUCUAACGGCCAAUUUAAUCAAUUUUGGCACCCAUAAGAUCAAAGCCGGCUAUGGCUGGCGAAUCUCCCUAGCCAUGGCCGCUUUCCCUGCUUCAAUCUUGACCGUCGGUGCCCUUUUCCUCCCCGAAACCCCCAACAGUCUCCUUCAGCUUGGCAAGCCCCACCAACUGGUCGACGAAAUGCUCCAACGAAUCCGUGGCACUUCCGAUGUCCAAUCCGAGCUCGCCGACCUGAUCCAAGCCAGCGAAAUUGCGAAAUCCAUCGACAACCCAUUAAAGAACAUCAUGAGGAGAAAGUACAGGCCGCAAUUAGUGAUGGCAAUUGCCAUACCCUUCUUCCAACAGGUCACUGGAAUCAACGUAAUCGCCUUCUACGCGCCAGUUCUGUUCAGGACAAUUGGGUUGGGGGAAAGCGCUUCGUUGUUCUCCGCAAUCAUGACGGGCGCUGUGGGGUUAGUCACUACCUUCAUAUCCAUGCUGGUGGUGGACAAAUUGGGGCGGAGAGCUCUGUUCAUAGCAGGGGGUGUGCAAAUGUUUGUGUCACAAAUCAUUGUUGGUGCGUUGCUUGCGGCGCUGUUGGGCGACGAAGGGAGUGUGAGUAAAGGCUACAGCUUUGUGCUUUUGGUGCUGAUUUGUGUGUACGUGGCGGGAUUUGGGUGGUCUUGGGGGCCGUUGGGGUGGCUUGUGCCGAGCGAGAUAUUUCCAUUGGAGAUCAGGUCGGCGGGGCAGAGUAUCACAGUGGCAACCAACUUUGUGUUUACAUUCAUUAUUGCUCAGACUUUCUUGGCCAUGUUGUGCCACUUGAAAGCAGGGAUUUUCUUCUUCUUUGGAGGGUGGGUGGUGGUGAUGACUGUUUUUGUGUACUGUUUUCUGCCGGAGACUAAGAAUUUGCCGAUUGAGAAGGUGGAGCUGGUGUGGAGACAGCACUGGUUUUGGAAGAGAGUUGUCGGGGAAGAUGAAGAGGAGAGGAAAAUGGGGGGUUUUCACUCCUGAACUUAUUUUAUACCGUUGAAUUAUGGGAUAUAAAUGGAUUAAAAACACGUUUAAAUAUAAUACACAUUAUAAACUAAA